CAUUCGACCGGCUCCACACACCACCACAAAAAGCUUUAUAUAAUGGCAGGCCAACACACCAAACCUCGGAAGACUUGUCAGUGCGAAGCGGCAGAAGAGAAGAGUUCCAUGGCGGAUCAGUUCCAAGCAGGCAGCUGCAGCGACGGGAGCUGGUGGAACACGGCCAGGACCGGCGGCCCGAUGAUCCCUGCGUCGGUCUCGUGCUCGACGGAGAUCACUAGCAGCGGGGGGAGCUUCCACUGGCCGGCCGUCGGCGACGUCUUCGAGGCCAAGUCGAGAUCCCGCGAUGAGUCGCCGGUGUCGAUCUCGAAUAGCUCCAUCACCUUCCAAGAUCUCCAAAACUCCCACGGUUCGGCUCCGGUGAUCACCACUCCACCAGCCAUGGAUUUUGGCCUCUCGUCCCCUACCGCCGACUGGAGUCAGCCUUUCUUUUGCAGUAGCAUGAACGGAUCAAGUUUCCUACACGACCACCAUGUCUUGAGCUCCAAGAUCAAUAACAUGCCGCUCCUUUCGGCAUCCGGUGGAUUGCCUUCUGCACUGCUACAAGACCUUCUCGAGCCAGACAGCAGACUGGAAAGAUCACUUCACGACGCACAGGUGAUGAAGAACAAGUCCUCCAUCGACUACCACGAGCAGCUUUUACCUCCGAAGCAGCAAACGCACUACUCCGACAAGACACCCUUCUGGGAUCCAUCAGAGAGCAGCGUGACAGAAGCCCACUCAAGUUACUGCAACAAUCCUUUCGCCAAGGCGAACUCAGGAGUUGGUGUCUCUUUCCCCACCUUGGAGAAGAAAGGUGGAAGUGAACCAGCAGGCAAGAAGCCCAGGAUCGAGAAACAAUCGCCAUUGCCGACGUUCAAGGUGAGGAAGGAGAAGCUAGGAGACAGAGUGACCGCACUGCAGCAGCUGGUUUCACCUUUCGGAAAGACCGACACUGCAUCGGUACUUCACGAGGCGAUCGAAUACAUCAAGUUCCUUCACGAUCAAGUCCGUGUCUCAAGCGCUCCGUAUCUGACCAACAGCCAGCAGAUGCAGCAAGUAAAUGCAACCAAGAGCCUGGACAAGACGAAGGAUUGCGAAGGACAACAUCAAGACCUCAGGAGCCGAGGGCUGUGUCUGGUUCCAAUCUCAAGCACAUUUGCGGUUGCUAAUGAGAUCCCUACCGAUCUCUGGAGCACUACGUUUAUAGGAACGUUUAGGUAAGCAGAAGAUAGUCCUCUUGAGGAGGAGGCAGAUCAAGCACUCCUCCACAGGCAGUCUGCUGCCAAGCAAAGAAGAGAUAGGAUGGUGCGGAGAGAGAGAGAGAGAGAGAGAGAGAGAGAGAGAAGGGGAAGGAAA